UUAAGACAGAAGACUGGGGCUGUUGUCUGGGCUAGACAAGUAUGAAGUCAGGAGUUUUAACAUUCGGUCUCCUUUGCUUUCAGUUGGAAGCUCUCUGUGGAGCUAAUCCCUGUUCGUCACAUCAACUAUGCAAAAAUAGAGAACACUCUCCUGUCUCUGAAACCCAGAUGAAGGUUGAAUUUCACAGCGGAAUCUUCAAGUUCAACUUUGACUACCCUAAAAAUAUUACUGAAUUCAGCAUGAAACUGCUGAAAGGGCAGGAGAUGCAGAAAAUCUGUGAACUCAACAUAUACAAUGGAACGUCAGUUCCUGAAACUAACAACAGCUCUUGUCAGCCAGUGCACUCUGGGAACAACAUGUCCUUCAUUCUCAAAGAUCUGGAGAGCAAGCACACUGGCGUUUAUAUCUGCUGCCUGGAAAUCCUUUUGCCUGCCCCUUACAUAGACUGUAGGGUUAAUGAAAUCUAUUUCUAUAUCCGUGAUGCAGAACCCAGCUUGGUAUCAGAAGUGAUGUCAUGGACGCUUAUUGGGAUCACUGCAUUUUCCAUUGUUUCCUGUAUCUGCUGCAUAGUGGCCUGUUGCUUAAGAAAGAAGACAAAGCAAUACGACUCCAACUCCCAUGAGUUCAACAGCGAAUAUAUGCCCAUGGCAGCAGUGAAUGCAGCUAGAAAACCAGGAUUGUAAGGUAUGAACUUGCAAGUUUCCCGGAACUUUCAGCCUCCAGCAACUUGAAAAUGUCAGUUUCACAGCCAAAGAGAUUCAGACUGAACACACAUGAUACUGAUCUGCUCAACAAUGAGACAUUAGCUCUAGAGCUACUGCGAGUGGUGUUUUUCUCUAGAUAUUCUGUAUUAACUUGGGCAGGGCCAAACGCAUUGAAUGCACCGCAAGCAUGAUGACAACAAAAUCUUGUAGCUGAAAAAAUGUAGAAUGUUCCUUUGCCGAGGGUAUUGUUGCGAUAAUGCACAGUGCGAUUAUAUUACACCUUCUGCAGAAGGGUUCUUCUGAGACCACUCCCUGAAAACACAUGAACUACCUCCAGGGCCCACUGCAGCUGCCAGCUGCCAUUUUAUUGCACAUAUUACUUAUGUGUUAUGGCAAGUUUAGCCUGGCGAUAUCAGUUCAUAGAUUGGUCUUCAAACUUUUGAACAGCACUGCACUAGCAUACUUUAGUGUGUAUACACACACACACACACACACACACACACACACACGCACGCACAUGGAGUCCCUUGGAUAAGGACUCCAGACAAUAGGGUGAGACUGGGAGAAUAUAAUGCAUCUUCUAGUGCAUUUGAAAACCUCAGUUACUGCGCAGCCUUUUGGAGUUUGGAUUCUCACUACAUCUUCACACCCCACACUGCAGGAACCUUCUUUUCCAUGUACAGCUGGGGAAAUGACAAAUUCUUUCUAGAUGAGCAAGAGUAUAUUUUCUAUUUUAAAGGCUCGAGACUGCUGGUCUUAUUUAGCUAAGUAAGGACUGCAGAAUCGGUCGCUACCUGAGAAAGCAAGAUACAGCCUCCUCAUCCCACCCAUCCCAUUACUUAUCUGUAUUAUAGCACAAGUGUAAGGUUCAAAAGAGCAGAAGAGAGCUGAGAGCCCUUCAUUAACUGGGAACAGAGGAAGAUGGAGAUUUCAGUCUUAAGUUGGCACUAUCUUGCUUUUGUGGCUUUGCAUCAGACCUCUCUCACUUCCCCAGAAGGAUGGGAGAUUACUUCACACUCCUAGAGCAGCUUAAAACCUCCAUCGCCUUCAGAAUCUGUUAAUACUGUGCCUUCAAUGGCCCACUGGGAAUCAAACCUGAAAAUCUUCCAGGCUGCGCACAGUGCAGUUGAGAGCAGAAAUAUGGGCAAGAAAUACUCCCCUUUCCUAUCAAUCAGACAAAGCAAGGCGGCUUUGCAGUCAGGGACAGCUAACCAUAGACUGGAGGGCAGUUUCAAUUGAACUGCCUCAAAAGGGCUUUUCCACAAGGACAGGCCCCAAACAUGGUGAUUUUGCAGGCAAGGGUCACACACACCUAGCCAAGCAGACCCACCUUCGGACAAGUAUAUGGAGGUGAAGAGAAGCAACACAUUCUAAUGACUGAAUUAGAAAGAACAAACCAGAAUGUCUGUGCCUUGAGACUCAGAUCUGGGAGCUAGUGCUGACUGGCAGGCUGGGUGACCUUGGCCAGGACUUCCCGUUCUGUACAAUGGGGAGAAGGAUGCUGCCUUCUUGGUAAGCCACUUGAGGAGCUACAGAUGGAAGAUGCUAGAUACCCAUCCCUCGCUCCCAUACACCUGAGAGAUGUCCUGAAUGUGAGAGCCAUGUGAGUCCCAAAGAGCCUGUUAUCCCACUGUGAAGCAAUCUCAUGAAACAGCCAAUUCCCACAGUGCAGAGAUUGGAGCUUGGGUCUGACAAUAGACAUGAUGCAAGUCUGCCCAAGUGGUUGGGUGGGGGAUGCCCAGUUCUAGACAUGUCACAUUUUCACCCGUGGUUCCAGAGACGAGCCCCUCGGAAGGUGCUCUGGGAAGUUUCAGACUAGACUAUUCCUUUGAUUCGCAUGAGAUCACUCUGCUCUUAAUAAACCUGAGUUUUAUUGCAUCCCACAACCCUGAGACUGCUUGGGAACCAGCAGGCCACCAUGCUGAGGACAUAAACCCCUCGGGCACGGAGAGGGGGCAGAAUGAACUGGGAGAUACUUGCUUUAUUCAUGGGCAGUGGGUCACAAGUCGCUACAGGAUGCCUGGCCCAUCUGUGCUCGGCUUCACCACUCCCUGAAGCUCCCAUUGCCAAUGGCCAGCUGGUGAGUCCCUCCUAGUUCUUUCCCUCCACUCCAGAGGUUCCUGCUGCAUGUCACAUUCCUCCAGCCCCUUCCCCACCAUUUGCAUCCCUCCUUUCCUCCAGCCCUUUCCCUGGAAGGCAACCUGCUGCCUCCCUCUUUAACCCUCUCCCUGAAAGCCAGAGGGACUCAGCUCUAGCCAGAGGCCUGGAGAUCUGGCCAGCAGGUAGCAGCCCAAGCCCAUGCUGAGCCAAGGAGUGGGACAGCUUAGCUGAGGCCCCUCCAGCUGUAGUUUGGGGUCAGG